GAAGUUCAAGAAAAAGCCUCUGUUUUUAAUAUGCAGUUGGACUUAACUGGGGCGGUUCCCAGCCUUAUAGUUGCCUUUGUCAUUGUAGCUAAUGGGGAUCGCCAGGGACGCAAAAGGUCUUUGGUUUUGCCAUCAAUGGGAGCUUUGAUUGCUGAUAUUUGCCUCACUGUAAUAUCAAAUUUUUCCUUGUCACUCUCUAUCCUAUUUGCGGUUGCAUUUAUUACUGGACUGUUUGGGAGUAUGGCAACUUUCCUUGGAGGAGGCUUUGCUUUUAUAGCAGACGUGUGUCACGAUGAGAAGCAGAAGACAACGCGAAUAGCUGUGGUGGAUUUGAUUUUUGGAGUCGUAUCUGGAUUGGCAGGACUGUCAUCUGGGUACUUUCUAAGAGGAAUAGGCUUUACAUGGACAUUUGUGACAGCAUCUCUGCUCCAUGUUGUUAAUAUUAUCUAUAUUAUAUUUCUUCUGGAAGAUACAGUAGGCGUAUCUGAAUUCCACCACCAGGCACCAGUGUCUUGUAAAGAACUUCUGAGAGAGACAUUUUCUGGAGUGUACAUGCUUUUUAAAAUUGCCCCUUAUAAAAAGAGAAUUUUAAUCAUUGUGUUACUUUUUAUAUUUAUGACUUAUUUGUUUACUAUGGUUGGUGGGAGUUCGCUUUUUACACUGUAUGAACUGGAUGAGCCACUCUGCUGGAAUGAAGUAUACAUUGGAUAUGGAGCAGCUGCGUUCACUUCUGUCUCUCUGACCAGUUUUUUAGGAGUUUACUUAUUUUCUAAAUGUCUCAAAGACAUUUAUAUUGUCUUUAUUGGGAUAUUUUCUUACAUUGGAGGAAUGGUCAUGGCUGCCUUUGCCAGAACUACCCUGCUCAUGUUUUUAGUAAGAGUGCCAUCUUUGCUCUGCUUUAUGCCUAUUCCCGUUCUCCGAUCCAUGCUGUCAAAAGUGGUUCUCACUGGUGAACAGGGUGCUGUGUUUGCUUGUAUUGCCUGUUUAGAAGUUGUGACCGGCACUAUUUCACUUUCAGUUUUUAAUAUUCUGUAUGCAGCUACUGUUGCAUGGUUUUCAGGCUUUAGCUUCCUCUUAUCGGCAGGCCUUUGUCUAAUUCCACUGGCUGUCCUGUGCUGGCUUCUGUGCACAAGCUGGAAUGGGGAGGACUUGGCUCUGCUUGUACCUGAAGAAGUAUCCAGCAUAGAGAGCGUUGAUAGUUGAACAAGGGAUUCACCUACCUGCGUUUUCUAAUCUGACACGCAGUGGCAGGGAUCAUUAUGUCAUACAGAGACCAUAGAGAUAACACAACAGUUGCAGAUGCAAUCUCAAAGUGACCCUGCAGCAACAAGCACUAAAUUGGUAGCACUCUUUAUCCAGUCUCUUUUUAGCACUUGAAUAAAACUAGCUCUUAUACUUAACUAUGCAAGUAGGCUGGCAAUGGAGAUUUUGAUGCUGCUUUCAGCAU